GACCCCUUCCAUGCAUUCUUCUCCUCCAGCUACUACUCUCUCUCUCUCUUUCUUUUUCUUUUUUCUCUCUCUCUCCAAUAUUCUCCAUCCCAAACAAACACAUAUAUAUACACAUAAACCUAACGUUAUCUGGGUAUAUUUCCAAACAUCUAAAAACCUCAAAACAGCACACAGAGGAAACCAAAACCAUGGGUAGAGCUCCUUGUUGUGACAAAGCCAACGUUAAAAAAGGUCCUUGGUCGCCUGAAGAAGAUGCCAAACUCAAAGCCUACAUCGAGCAAUACGGCACCGGCGGCAACUGGAUUGCCUUGCCUCAGAAAAUAGGUCUUAAGCGAUGUGGGAAAAGCUGCCGCCUUAGAUGGCUGAAUUAUCUCCGCCCCAACAUCAGGCAUGGAGGGUUUUCAGAGGAAGAAGAUAACAUUAUUUGCAGUCUCUACAUAAGCAUCGGUAGCAGAUGGUCUAUAAUCGCAGCACAGUUACCGGGGAGAACCGAUAAUGACAUAAAAAAUUACUGGAACACGAGACUAAAGAAGAAGCUUCUGGGAAAGCAGCAAAAGGAGCAGCAAGCUCUGGCUCGGCGAUUUCAUACCAUAAAGCAAGAAACUUUGAAGAGAUCAGAUGGUGACAAGAAUUUCAAUAUUGUUGCAGUUCCUGAAGUGUCAAUGAUGAAUCAACAAACCCCAUAUUUUGCAGUACCCAAUUCGAGUGGGCAAGAUCUUAGGGAUUUGGUGAUGAAAAUGGUAAACCCGGUGGAGAUUUCACAGACGACGACCCAGGAUCCGUUGUUCUUCGAAAGUUCAAAUUUUGUUCAGUUUUCGUCAGAGAAUAUGCAAUUUGGGGUGAACAAUUUUCAUCAGGAUCCUUCAGCAGCAAUGUUCCAUGGUGGUGGUGAAUUUGGAGAUCCGCUGCAGAAUUUAGAUGGGUUAGUGGAGGAUUUUUAUGGAAUGGAGAAUAAUAAUAAUAAUAAUAUGAUGGGAGGUGGUAGCGUGGGAAGUAGUUCUGUAGAAAGCACCAGUUUGGGGGAAAUGAGCUCUUUGGUUUAUCCGCUGGUUUCUUCUUCAGAUUUUGAACCAAGUUUGGCGCAGAAUAAUAAUGUUGCUGCUUUUGCUCAGUCUAGACACCACUAUUGCCUCCAAUAACCAUUAAAGGGAAACAAAAAGGGGUUUGUAAAUUUGUAUUUUGGGAAACUUGGUUUUCUUCCCCUCGAAUCGAAUCUCAUU